AUGAACACCACCCGCAUCCUCCGCCGCGGCCUCACCACCGCCGUCGCCCGCCCACGCUUCACGCGGCCCGCCGCCCUGCCCACCCUCUGCGCACACUCCCGCCGCGCCGCCACCACAGAGGCCCAUGAGCGCCCCGCGACCACCGCGACGGCUACCAAGAGCUCCGCAAAAGGAAAAGAAGUGCGUCUCACCGCCGAAUCCUACCCCCAAAUCCAGCGCAACCCCAAAUUCUCCGCCAUCACGCCCGAAGACGUAAAACACUUCCAAAGCAUCUGCCCCGUCCUCUCCCCCACCACCGGGCACACCGCCUCCGACCUCGAACCCUUCAACACCGACUGGAUGCGCAAGUACCGCGGCCAGACCACCCUAGUCCUCAAGCCCACCAGCACGCAACAAGUCUCGCAGAUCCUCUCGCACUGCCACGCCCGCUCCCUCGCCGUCGUCCCGCAAGGCGGCAACACCGGCCUCGUCGGCGGCUCCGUCCCCAUCUUCGACGAGAUCGUCAUCAACCUGUCCUCCCUCAACAAGAUCCGCUCCUUUGACGCCGUCUCGGGCGUCCUCACCGCCGACGCCGGCGUCAUCCUCGAGGUCGCCGACCAGUACCUCGCGCAGCACAAGCAUCUCUUCCCGCUGGACCUCGGCGCCAAGGGGUCCUGCCACAUUGGCGGCAACGUUGCGACGAACGCGGGUGGCCUGCGGCUGCUCCGCUAUGGGUCGCUGCACGGGAGUGUGCUGGGCGUGGAGGCGGUGCUGCCGGACGGGACGAUACUGGACGAUCUGAGUACGCUGCGGAAGAACAACACGGGGUAUGAUCUGAAGCAGCUGUUUAUUGGCAGCGAGGGGACGCUCGGGAUCAUCACCACCGUGACGAUCCUGUGCCCGCAGCGGCCAGCCGCAACGAAUGUCGCCUUUUUCGCGCUGGACUCGUAUGAGGCGGUGCAGAAGGCGUUUACCAUGGCCAAGACGGAGCUGUCGGAGAUCCUGAGCGCGUUCGAGAUGAUGGACGGGCGCUCGCAGGAGCUGGUGGCGGAGGUGACGGGGAAGCGGCGGCCGCUGGAGGGCGAGAAGACGCCGUAUUAUGUGCUGAUUGAGACGAGCGGGAGCAACAAGGAGCACGACGAUGCGAAGCUCGAGGCGUUCCUCGAGCAUGUGAUGGAGGAGGGGGUUGUGAGUGAUGGCGUGCUGGCGCAGGAUGAGACGCAGGCGAGGGCGCUGUGGGGGUGGCGCGAGGGGAUCCCGGAGGUGCUGGGGCACUGGGGCGGCGUGUAUAAGUAUGAUGUGUCGAUCCCGCUGCCGCGGCUGUAUGAUCUGGUCCGUGAUGUGAGGGCGAGAAUGGUGGAGGAGGGACUGCUGUCGGAGACGGACAAGGCGGCGGCGGAGACGCCGAGUGAGUUUCCGGUCAUUGCGGUGACGGGGUAUGGACAUAUUGGGGACUCGAACUUGCAUCUCAAUGUUGCGGUGAGGGGGUAUGAUAAGAGGGUGGAGAAGGUGCUGGAGCCAUUCGUGUAUGAGUGGAUCCAGAAGGUGAGGGGCAGUGUCAGCGCGGAGCAUGGGCUCGGGGUGGCAAAGAGGGAGUUUGUGGGGUACUCGAGGGGUGAGACGGAGCUCAAGGUCAUGAAGUCGUUGAAGGACUUGUUUGAUCCUAAGGGCAUCAUGAACCCGUACAAGUACAUCAAGUCGUAG